AUGUCGUUCUUCGGCUUCGACGCAGCUCUACCCCGCGAUCAAGGGCACAACACCGGCGCGCCUGGCUUUGCACAAGUUGCAGACCCCUUUGCCGGUCCGCGCCCGGAUGAUGAUGAUGAUGCACUUGAUUUCGAGGAUACCUAUGAUGGACUCGGUGACCAAUUGGAUGAGAGAGAUGAUGUCUUCAACGAUGAUACAUUCGGCGGAGAUGAUUUGAGGCCUGCUCCAUCCGGAAAGCCGUCUGUGGGCAAAGACUUUGAUUUCUUCGGCCAGACAGCUAAGGUCUCGGACGCCAUUACAGAGGAACAGCUUCGGUUUACUCGCCAGCAGGCUCCGCCUAGAGCCACCCCUCAGACAACUUCAAACUUCCCCGUCUCGAGACCUGCAAGAAGUGGAUAUGAGCGGUACAGGGAACCUGAAAUUCUUCCAGACAUGCAGGUUGACCCGAACUUGUGGGGUGUUGCGCCAAAGCGACCUACUCAGGCUGCUAAUUUUGAGUCGCCUGCUGCAGCCGGUCCCUCUGCGGGUCGGAAGAUGAUGAGUCUGGAGGAAGUUGAAGCGGCAAUGAGAGCACAAGCCAAAAAGCCAGCCCAGCAGCCGCAAGAAGCAUCCCAGUAUGUCCAAGUUCCGCAGCAAUAUCACGAACCCCAUCGGCAACAGCAAUACCCUUCCCAGGGUAGUGAACCACCGCGCGACAAGCCUCAGCAAGUACACCCUGCACAUCCCAAUAAGCCUGUCCAAAUAUUACAGAAAUCACAACCACCUUCUGGUCAACCAACUGCUCCCGCCGCUCCCUCGCAACCGACUCAGAUCUUAAAAAAUCCUAAUCGUUAUUCGGCUGAGCAGCAGCGGCCUGCUCCUGCUGUGCAAUACCCUGGCCACCAAUCACACCAGUCGGGCUCGCGUCAUAUUAUUACUCAUCCCCAACAGCUUGCCAAUCUAUCGGAUGAGGAGAGGGCAGCCUUCCUCAUGGAAGAUGCAAAGCGGGCAAAGCGAAAUCAUAAGAUUUUUUUGCUGUCGAAGGAUAAUGGAUUGAUGACACCCCAGGACAAGAACUUUAUUACUCGCAUUCAGCUCCAGCAACUGGUCACAGCAACAGGUAACCCCAAUGAGCAUGGCACUGAUCCUGCAUUGUCCGAAGACUUCUAUUAUCAGGUUCAUAACCAGAUUCGGGGCGGACCUCGCCAGCAUCCGGGGCAACCUUUGAGCAACUUUGCCCAGACUUAUUUAUUCCAGACAGGAGGCCGCCAUGGUGGUAUGCGACGCCAAGCUCGUGGAGGCGACAAUCAUAUGCAACGCAUGGAGCAGCAAGUCCAACGAGCUGUUGAGGCUGCCAAAAAUAAGCCAAAAAACAAGCAACUGGUGAUUGAAGGUAGUUUGGGGAAGAUUUCCUUCAGCAACGCAAAGACUCCAAAACCACUUUUGAACAUCAAGCGUACCGAGACUGGAGCCGAUGCUUCCCGCCCAGGGAGUGCUCCUCGUGACCGCAAAUCUCAUCAGAUCGGGGUCAGCGGUAGCGAUAGGAAGACUGUACUAGCUGACAUCGAGAAUGUUUAUAACACAUUGAUGCAGCUAGAGGAUCAUGAACGCCACAUGCCACCCCCACUUGCUGACGACGACAUCAAUCCAGAACUCAAUGGUCUGCACCAGGAUUGGAAUGCCAAACAGCAAGAGCUCAAUCACAGGCUAUGGCGACAGCUCAAGGUCCAUGAACCCAUCGGUGCCACCACCACCCACCCCUUCAUUGCUAUCCUUUCCUUCAGCAAGGGCAAGAAGGCCAUUCCACGAGUCUUUCGUCACAUCACUCACGAGCAAAAGACUACCAUAUUAACCAUGAUUGUAAUCCAUCUGGAUCGACUGGAUGUUGUUCGUCAUGGAAUCCUUCAACCUGGCGAUCUCCAGUUGAGUUCAGCUAUUCGUGAAAAUGUGGAGCUUUUCUCGCUGGCAGUGAUGCAUACACUUUUCGGAUAUCUCAAUGAGGUUGGCUUGGAUAUUGUUACCGGCCUCUUGGGUCUCAUCCUAAACAUCAAUACUGACAUAAUUGCUCGAACGAGAAUUGGAGUCAGUAUGUUGACCAUGCUCCUCAGCCGAGCCGAGCUCAUCAAGCAGGCUGGAAGUAACGAGCGGGAGUGGGAGCAAUGGGUCGGCAUUUAUAACGGCUUCUUCAAUGCUCUUGAACCGAGUCUUCCGAAUAUCUUCCCUGGUACGGUUAAUACCGGUGAGGACGUCUACGUCUGGCAGUUCCUUGCCGCCAUCGGCAUAGGUGCGAGCCCCGAACAACAACAGAGACUGGUCAUGGCUGUCAAGGACCGUGUCAUGGAGACGGUGGCUCACGCAAAAACUCUCCCUGCGGCGAUGUCGAGCCAACGCUUGGCAAACGUGAAUCUCUUCAUGCGUUCCAUUGGUUUGGAUGUGGAAUUGCUUGCAUGA